GCACUUAAGCGCAUCAUGGAGGAAGUAUAAAACUCUCCGCUUCGAAUCCCUAAAUCAGUUUCACUCGAGGGUUUCCCACGCAUCGUCUUCUUCAUUCUGCAUCUCCACUUUUUCUUUCUCCUACAUGAUAUGACGACCUAGGAGUGUGGUGCUUGUUCUGGAUAUAUUUUGUAGAUCAGUGUUUUAGAUAUUUCAGUGAAGCUUUUACUUGGUGUUUGCAACAAUGAGCCAAAGUCCCUCUCGAUCCAGGAGGUUCCGUAGCAGUGAACGUGCAUCUUACCGUGAUGCCCCAUAUCCUAGGGAACGGGAGCGCCGUGUGAAUAGCAGGAAUGAUUUUCUUUGCAACAAAUGUAAACGGCCAGGGCAUUUUGCCCGAGAUUGUCCAAAUAUGACUGUCUGCAACAACUGUGGACUUCCUGGCCACAUUGCUGCUGAAUGCAACUCGACCACUACGUGCUGGAACUGCAAGGAGCCUGGACAUCUUGCAAACCAAUGCUCCAAUGAUCCGGUCUGCCAUAUGUGUGGUAAGAUGGGUCACCUUGCUCGUGAUUGCUCAAACCCCUCUCUUCCAUCCCAUGAUGCAAGGCUCUGCAACAACUGCUACAAGCCGGGCCACUUUGCAGUCGCCUGCACCAAUGAGAAAGCAUGCAACAACUGCCGCCUGCCAGGUCACCUCGCCCGUGACUGCCCCAACAAGCCUGUCUGCAACAUCUGCAACAUAUCAGGCCACGUUGCCCGCCACUGCCCCAAGUCAGGCCUGGAAAACAUCGCAGCCCCUUUCCGGGACAUCAUCUGCCGUAAUUGCGGCCAGCCCGGGCAUGUCAGCCGCGAGUGCGUCUCCAUUGUCAUCUGCCGCAACUGUGGAGGAAGGGGUCACCAGGCUUACGAGUGCCCUUCGGCCUUGAUGCACGACCGCGGCCUGCGUAGGUACUGAAGUAGGGUUGGCACCUAAUCGAUUGCUAGGGUUCAAAGUCUGUAGGAUCUUUCUCCUCUGGUACUGCUACAUUGGUUUUAUAAUGAAUCUAUGCUAUCCUCGGACCCAUACUUUUGUGUCA